AUGGCGAGUCCAUGGCGUGUGCACCCCACUACAACACACGAGCCUCUUGACACUUCACCUUCUCUUGUACAAUCAUCGACGACAAUCAAACGUCUUAGUCGUAGUGGUGUAUUGCUUCGCUGGCAAUGCUUGAUUAGCUGGAUUAUUUUGAUUGUUUCGUUCCCUGGCAUAUUCCUUGUUGCAAAUCGUGUCACCGAAAGCAAUCUUACAGAAGAAGAUGUAGCCGACAAAGAAGGCGUGGACUUUGAUAGCAGCACUUUUGGUCAUGUGAGGCAUACUACGGAAGACGUAGUCGAUGAAGCUGCGGUCUCUCAUCAUGGCAACCCUUCUGCACCAGAGACGAACAAUCAUGAUUAG